AUGGACCUAUAUCUUGAAGAGGAGGAUUGGGGUCCAUGCGAACUUUGUCCUGUUGGAUGGUCACAACAGGAUGGUAUAUGUCAACAACAAACGGGAAGAAUGGCUAGUAUUGCAGCCUCUACAGCUUACUGUAAAGCACAAGCAGCCACAUAUUCUGAGCUGUUGGAAAUGUGUAUCAAAGAUUUGACACCAGACAAUGAUGACUGCAGGAGUGCCCCUUGUUUGAAUUCAGCUACGUGCGUCGAUGCUAUUGAUGGGUUUAAGUGCGUCUGUCCAUCAAGUCAUACAGGCUCUUUCUGCGAAACAGAAGUUUGCCCCGAGGUUGAUAUCGUCCCUCUUCUACCAGCAAAAAGGAUAACAAUGUCAUCAUCGUUGCUAGGUAAUAGCCAUGACGCAACCAUGGAUAUAAGGCUUGGGGAUUGUGGAGGAUGGGUCCCUACUGACAACAACAAGGAACAGUUUGUCCAGUUAGAUAUAGGAAAACGUGUAACCAUCAAUACAAUACUGACCCAAGGUAGUACACGCUGGAAUAGUUGGGUGCGAUCAUACACCGUAUCAUAUCAGGACGACAAUGGUUUUUUCCAGAAGGUCAAAGACACGACAGUGAAAACAAAGAUGUUUAAUGGAAACAUUGAUACAACCAGUGUCGUAAGAAAUCAGCUUUCAUUAGAGAUGCAAGUUCUGAGACUUUAUCCUGAGACCUGGUCUGGUGGUAUUGCUUUAAAGAUUGGUCUUGCCAGCUGCCAAGAAAUGAUCUCGGGCACAUGUGACGAGGGUUGGCACACCCAUGGUUCAGACUGUAACAAAGUCCUGGAGGAGGAGGCUCAGUUGGAAGAACAGCACCUUGCAUGCGCAUCCUUGGAUGCAGCUGUAGUAUCACCAACACCUGCAGAUACAGCAUACCUUCUACAGCUGCUAAGUUGGAACAAGUUGAAGACAAUUUAUAUUGAUGAAGUAAAUGCUACAUUCACUCCUGUACAUAAAGCUCUGUUGGAAAGUGUGUGGAAAAAUGAUGAAACUGACUGUCCAAGCGAUGCUACAGAAGCUGGUACCUUGAAAAGAGUAUAUUCUGUCCUCCACGUCGACUACGCACAAAACGGCAGUAUCGUGCCUGCUUACUUUAAUGUCUCACAAAAUGUAGUUUUCCCUACUAUUUGUCAAAAAUCUGUAACUAAAUGUGAUGCAAAUAACUGCCUUAACGGAGGCACGUGUGUGCAAAACCUUGGGGAGACGACAUGUGAGUGUCCCAAGGGAUUUACUGGAAACAUAUGUGGAAGAGCGCUGAGAGAUGAUUCGGGUCUCUACCCAUAUGGUGACGUCACCAUUGGUGACAGCGAGGUCUUUGAUGAGGCACAGGUCAUAGAUGCUGAAGUUGGAUUUCCUUGUGGAGAUUCAAUUAAAAACAUGAUAUAUAUAAACAAAAAUGGAGUGAUCAGUUUUGAUAGACCAUUGGAGAUGAACGUUCCACAAAGUUUACCUUUUGAUAGGCAUGAUAUCAUCGCCCCCUUCUGGGCACAGUUCAAGCUAUUUGAAAAAAGCCAUGUGUAUCACCAUGAAUAUACAGCUGAACUGAACAACCGGGAUACAGGACAUAUAUUUACAAUGGUAGAAGAAGACAUAAACACAUACAAUGAAGUCAAUGUUGGGUCUAGCCUCCCCGUAACACCAAGCUUUAAGGCAUUAUGGGUGCUCAUCGUGACAUGGCAGGACAUGGCUCCUGAUGAUGGCCAUCAACAGACAACAGAGUUGAACACAUUCCAAGCGAUAUUGACAACAAACGGCCUUCAAUCAUAUGCAAUCAUCAAGGAUAAGCCCGAUGGGAUGAACUGGGAUCGUGAACAGACAGGGAGAAAGAUAACAAGAGGAAUCUCCGUGUGUGGUCAAACUCAACAAAUUUCUUUGGAACAGCCAGUUGGAGAACCACUGAUUUUCAAAAUUGGAUCCGUAAACGAGAAUCCCGCUACUCAAUGUUUCACUUGGGCAUUGCAGCAAGAUUUGAAUGUACUUGAAAGGAUCAUUGAAGAAUUGCCAUCUUGCCCAUGUACAGCAGGGCAGUUGGAAAGUGAAGGUGUGCGGUGGAUACCGUAUGGGGAGUCUGAAGAUGGAAAACAAUGUUUCACAUCAAGACUACCUUCUAUGAUGUACAAGGCAGGACAGUCUUGUUGCUACGUAAAGCAAAGUGGUAGUUUGAUAACCUCCGGGGCACAAAGUGGCAACGUACAUCGUUUCCAUGAGAGUCAGGAGCUUCAUCGUGAAGCAGAUGUAGAAACAUAUCAGGCAUGUUGUGUCGACACCAAAUGGUGCCAUAUAUUCUAUAUGUUCAGACCAAGGAAUAACUGUACAACGUAUGUGGAACCCUUCAAUCGAAUAUCACAAGACCUUCAGGAUGGCAACGAUCUUUGGUUGUCAGUGCUAGGUUUGAGUGGUAACGACGCCUUGACUGCAAGCGAUGCUUCACAAAGGGCGAGCAUAUUUGGGGCCAUGCAUUUUCACACAUUUGACGGAUUUCGGUAUACAUUUAAUGGUAUCGGAGAGUAUACUCUGUUUCGAGACUUUGAUCGGUCAAGUCUUGUCCAAGGACGUAGCGUUCGAGCCACAGACAAAGAUGGCUUAAAGAUACAGACCAGCGUUCUGAAAGCUAUUGCUGUGGCCACAGUAAAUUCUGAUACAUGCUUCCUAGAAGUUUCCUCAGGUGGACCAACCUCUCAAAAAGUGUUUGUGAACAAGAAACCGGUCCAAGAAGAAUUCUAUACGGAGGAAAGUUUUACCAUACACGCCGAGAACGUCGAUAUUGUGAAAAAUGGAGAAAAUACUACAUUUGUAUUUUCUAAUGGGCUUACUCUAUACAUUUAUGCCAGAGAGGAUAGUUUGGACCUGGCCAUUUCCAUUCCUCCAAAUUGGAGCAAUACAUCAGGCUUGCUAGGAGUCGCCAAUAAGAAUGCAAGCGAUGACUUAACUUCAACUGAAUAUGAUGUGCUACCAACAGAUUCCACACCACAAGAGAUAUUUGCAUUUGGACAAACAUGGAGAGUAUUAUUUGACGAAUCGAUUCUCAAAUAUGAUAGUGCUGAAACAACAGCAAAUUACACAGAUGUAUCGUUUCGACCAGUGUUUGAUAUCCCUGAAGAUUCUGAGAUAGACAAUCUCUGUGGUGACAACUUGGCUUGUGCAUAUGACUAUGGUUUGACUGGAGAUUCAAGUUUUUCACUCCAGAGUGCAGCUUUUGACACCGACCAAAGAAUAAUAGAAAAUGAACUACAAAAUCUCCCUCCAACCAUGACAGUUCCACUAGUCUUGUUGGCUACUGUCGGUAAGACGGCUUUGGUAAAUGUUGCCGCCGUAGAUAGCACGGGCGGGGAGUCACGUAUUCUUCCAACAGGGGAAUUUUCACAAGGAACAUUUACAACUUUCAACUCGGCUACUGGUCAGUUCAGAUGGACACCCAAGGACACGUCGCCUGUAAAAUUGAGCUUUACUGCAGAAGAUGCAAAUGGUACUCUUGCUCCCGAAGCAGUUGUCAAGGUGAAAUUGUGUUCCGGAUGUGGUGAAAAUGGGCUAUGUGAUUUUGGUGCGGUUACAAUAGCAGACUCCAGUGAAACAUUUACAGUAGUACCAUGUAAAUGUAGAGUUGGCUGGACAGGAACUAGAUGCCUCGACAAUGCAGACGGUUGUAAAGAUCUGCCGUGUGGCGAUGGUGCGAAAUGCACAGACGAAGACCCAGAGGAGCACGAGUCUUCUGGUCUUGGGUACACAUGUGCUACUUUCUGUAAUACUGGAUAUGAGAAACGCAAUGGAAGAUGCUAUGAUAUCAACGAAUGCACAUCCCCUGUGAGCCCAUGUGAGCAGGAGUGUGUUGAUACACCAGGAAGCUUUUUAUGCCGCUGUUUCAGAGGUUUCUCCUUGGAUAGCAGCAAUAAAUGUGCAGCGAAUGCUUCAUCGCAGUUAAAUACAGGAGGUGUAAGUACGGAGAAUCCAUUCUAUUCACCAAGUAUUCUCCUAUGGAUUGUUUGUGGAAUUGCUGCUGUAUUGGCCAUAUUCCUCGUGGUCAUGUGCUGUUGCAUGUUCCUCUGUAGAGGAAAGAAGGGACCCGAUAGGUUCACAUCAUAUAACAACGUGGACGCACCAAUGGAAAUAGAGUCGAAAGAUCCGACGUUUUCUACGGUUCAAAUAGCAGAGAGGAAACGAGGACCACCAGUCUUCAAACGUCCAGCUCUCCAAGGAUACAAAUGGUUCUUCGGUUUUUCGCCAGGGGAACUUGGCGGUUCUUCACAACCGACAGAUGGCGCUGUAAGUACAUACGACGGAAACGAUUAUUACGAGGAGCCAAUCAGAUCUCCUCGAACUCCCGUUAUUCACACCGAAAACAACAACGACAUGAACGACGUGAUGUGGAGAUGGAGUAGAAAAGAUAUGGAAGGACAUGUGGGAGACCAUCACUCAAAUAUGAACAUGUUCAAAUAUGAUCCUAAUAUAAGAGAUCCAUUUGAAGUACUUUAUUAACAUGCAGCAAUAUACGUUUUGCAUAUAAUUUGUGAUUUUGUAGCCGAAAGCACUUAUAAAAUGAGCUUCAUCACAUUUACUGGACGGCUACUGGUUACAUAAAUAUGACAUAGUGUACGUGUACAUAUGAAAAUAGUUUUUAUAUACUCCAUCUAAAUAUAGUAUAUUUCAUUGUGAGCUGAUAAAACAAAUGUCCAACUUUUCAAUCUCCUUAUUGUUAAACUGGGGCAAAGUAAGCCCGGUCUUGCAUUGAUUACUUAUUAUUUCUUUACACAUUGUAUUUGUAUUUGCUUUAUGUUGUCAGAUACUAGUCAACCAUUUUCCAUAUGUUCUGUGAAUCGUUGUGUCAGGUGUUCAACUGUAAGUCCAUCUGCUUUAAUACUGAGUAUUUUAUUCCUCGAUUUAGAUCCCUGAAAAGGUGAAAGAAUGGUGACUAGAUUUUUUAACUCAGUGGUAUCCAUGUGGAGGAACAAUUCAAACAGUAAUCAUCAAUAAGCUAUUUUGUUGCUGUAUUGGUCUGAUGUCAUCAUUAAUGAUUGUUUAAUCCUACUAAAUAAUUGUUGUACAUUGUGGGAUCCACAGCCUUAACUAUCCUUUUCUCUCAAAAGCGUUAGGUAAAGAGGGACUCUGAUAAAUC